AUGGUGCUUUCGCCGCCGGCGGGAAUCGUGGGUGCCGUCACAAUCUUCUCAUCGCCAAUCCCUUCUCAUCUUUCCUCUUCUCGUCACCAUCGCACAAAGGAAGCAUUGACCCCGUGGCAUAACUGUCACGAAGGUUUCCCGAAUGUCAGUAGAGAAAUAAGGAAGAUCUUGACUGAAAGGGCCUCCCAUUUCAAUAUUGCACUAGAUGAUGUGUCAAUCACAAGCUUGACAUUUGGUAAGGAAUUUACAGCCGCAAUUGAAGCCAAGCAGGUUGCUGCUCAAGAAGCUGAGAGGGCUAAGUUUGUGGUAGAAAAAGCUGAACAGGACAAAAGAAGUGCUGUUAUUAGAGCACAGGGAGAAGCCAAGAGUGCACAAUUGAUUGGUCAAGCUAUUGCCAAUAAUCCUGCAUUUAUCAUCUUGAGGAAAAUUGAAGCUGCAAGGGAAAUCGCUCAUACAAUUUCAAACUCUGCUAACAAGGUUUACUUGAAUUCAGAUGACCUAUUUAUAGCAACAUAG